AUGAGAGGGGCUCCGCCAAUCUGUAGGCGUAAGGGUCAGGCGAGGGAGGAGAGGCAGGGAGAGCUGUUGAGGGCGGUAGCCGUAGCAGGAGUUGUGGUCACCGGAGUGUCGAGGGACGGAGGUGACGUCGGUUGGGUAAUGCUAAACUUUUUGAAAGAUUUUGAGGCAAAGCUUGAGAUUAAGAUCACAUGUUCGCAAGAGACUGAACCUCUUGGAACAGUCGGUCCCCUUGCUUGGGCUAGGGACAAGCUGAUAGAUAAAUCCGGAAAGCCAUUUUCUGUUCUCAAUAGUGAUGUUAUUAGUGAGUACCCACUGAAGGAGAUGAUUGUGUUCCAUAAAUCCCAUGGAGGCGAAGCUUCUAUUAUGGUAACUAAGGUGGAUGAGCCUUCAAAUUAUGGUGUUGUUGUUAUAGAGGAAUCUACUGGAAAGGUUGAGAGGUUUGUCGAGAGGCCAAAGUUAUUCAUGCGAAAAUAA